AUGUUACCGAAGAAGAGCCUUUGGUCGUGCGCGGCUUGCUUUUGUACGCCCAUUGUUGGACUCGAAUAUGGCCAGGCUCGACUUUUACCCAGCGGAAGCAUCGUCUUCCCACGGCGCUUCUUGACUACUCGACCCAUCGAUACACCCCGCGAGCUCAAAGAGCUUCCUACAACGCCCUCGAUUGCGCAGAAGAGGGCGGCAGAGCGGCUGGGAAAUAUCGUUGAACAACAGAUGAGGUAUCUGAGAGGCAAGGACCCCUACAAGAUUGGGCAAUAUGUGGAACAGGCGCUGAGAAGAAACGCCUUCGACGAGGCACUGCUGCUGGUGCAAAAGGUUGGCAGAGGGCAGCAGGUCGUCGUGGCGUGGAACCUUCUCAUCGACUACCAAUUUGGGAAACAAAGGAUAAAGGAGGCCAUGAAGCUGUUCAACGACAUGAAGAAGCGUGGCCAACAGCCCAACUCAAGAACUUACACGGUCAUUUUCCGGGGUCUAUCUAAACAGACCAACACCAAACUUGCCGUUUCCGAAGCUGUCAAACAGUACAACUCGUUAAUCAAAGGCGAUCGUGUCGAGUCGAAUUCUAUCCAUCUUAAUGCUGCGAUCAAUGUCUGCGCUAAGGCUGGGGAUAUGGACGCCUUAUUCCGCAUCGUUGACACCAUCAAUGAGUCCAGCCGAACGCCAGAUGCUCUCACAUAUACCACAAUUCUGAAUGCCUUACGUUUCAGUACCAUGGAUGAGAUCAAGGACGCGGAGCCGGAGAAGAAAGCCGAAUCGCUUCAAAAGCUUGUCAGUGGUGGCAAGGAUAUUUGGGCUGAAGUGAUAGACAAGUGGUCCGAUGGUGCCCUGAAGAUUGAUGAAGAGCUGGUAUGCGCCAUGGGUCGUUUGCUACACAUGGCCUUACCUCGAGAUAGCACCAACGAGGUUCUCGACCUUCUAACACAAACCAUGCGCAUUCCGAAUCUAGUCAAAACCCCAAAUUCUGAUGCUCACCAAGACGAGAAGAUGCGAAACAUUGCGGCGACCGGUUCAACCAAGCCAGUACAUGCUACUCCACAUGCAGCAUAUGCGGUACCCGGACGCAAGACGCUAUCUCUGGUCUUGACAGUAUUAGCCUCAACAAGGCAGAACACGGCAGGCAUCAAGUACUGGAAUCUCCUGGUCCGACAUUACGGGAUAGAACCCGACAAUGAUAUCUGGUUCCGGCUGCUCGGUUUGCUCAAAGUAGCGAAAGCGAGCGCCCAUGCCUCCAAUACUCUGGACCUCAUACCAGAACAAAUCUUUAACCCCACACACUGUCGCAUUGCAAUGGAAGCCUGCGUCCGCGACAAUAUCAACCUAAACGUGAUAAAGAACAGCACGGUGGCCCUGGAAACGAUGCUCAAGAAGCUGAAAAUUCCCGAUGUCGAAACUCUUCGCCUCCACCUGCGAGUUGCCCUGGUCAGUCACUUUCGCUACCGCAAGAUGGCUGCCGCCGACAAGCUGGAUGAAGCCAAACGGCUGUACGGUGUUCAGUUGACAGAGGCGUUAAAUCGCCUCUGGGGCCCGUAUCAGAAGGUACAUCAUCACUAUUUCGAAGUGAUCAAACCCAAGGACAAAGAAAGGGAGGCGAGCGUGCUCGAAAUUCAGAACGAGAUUGUCGCCCUUGCCAGGCAAAUGUUUAGCGCAUUCAAUAAAGUUGUGAACGAGAAAAUGUUGCCCAACGACGACUUGGAGGAAAUGCGUCUCAUUGCGUCAAAGCUCAAUCGCGACAUCCAGGACUUUUUCUCGAAGCAUGGCACCUCGCUUGCCCGCACUUCUCCAGUUGUAGGUGAGAGCGCGGACGAAAACGGCGAUGACAAGGCCUCUGGCCAAGAUAAACAAGGCGCCGACUUCAUCUGGGACACUACCAAAUCUACGGAAUUCAAGCAGCAGCAAGAAUUAAAGCAAAGCGCUCCUGCAUAUAGACGUGAAUCACCACGCUCGCAGGAAACUUCUCGAAGGAACUUCCGUGGGAGGAAUGGUAGGUAG